UAGACACAGAUAAAAUAAUCAAUCACAACAGUGUGGGGGUAGUCUACUCACUGCAAAAAUCAAUUUAUGUUUACUUGAAUAAAUUACUUUUCGUGUUAUGUGACUUGUCUACCAAAUUAUGGAUGAAGAUGUGCAGGAAAUCAAGGAUUGAAAUAAUUGCGUAUAUUUCAAUUACCACCACCAGCUAAAGCCCACCCACCCACUGUAUGCCACCACUUGUUUUAUGAGUCAUUUUUAAUAAUCAAUAAAUUAAUGGCUAAAUUCAGUUCGUAAUGCUAUUACUUUAAAAUCAGUUCGUUAAAUCUAUGAUAGAAUAGAAGAAAUUGCAUUUACAAUGGAUUUCAAUGUAAAAAAAAUCGUAAAAGAUGCAGGUGCUGCCAUAAGUAGGGUUGUACAGUACACGGAAGAGAAACUAGGCACCUCCGAGAAGACAGAGUUGGACGCUCACUUUGAAAAUUUAUGGAACCGCGCCGAUAUGACAAAAGUAUGUACAGAAAAAAUCCUUCGUAACACCGAAGCAAUUCUCGUACCAAAUCCCGGCAAUCGAAUCGAGGAUUAUAUAUUUGACAAGAUUGAAAAGAAGAGGCCAUCCCGGCUAAGCAACUUGGAGUACUUGGGGCUGGAUAUGAUCGAAGCCGGUAAUGAAUUCGGACCGGGUACGGCGUACGGAAGCGCCCUCAUUAAAGUCGGACAAUGCGAACAGAAGUUGGGUCAAACAGAGCGAGAUUUCAUUGGUUCUGCUGGUCUCUGUUACACUCAACCAUUGCAAAAGUUUCUGGAGGGCGAAAUGAAGACGAUAAUUAAAGAGAAAAACCUACUGGAAGUUAAGAGGUUGGAUUUGGACGCCUGCAAGAAUAGAGUUAGGAAAGCGAGGAGUUUGUUGGGAACACAAACGAAGGAUGGAAUUCCACCUGAAGUAAUGCUCGAGCAGGCAGAACGAGAUUUGCGAAUCGCGCAGUCUGAAUUUGACCGACAAGCUGAAAUAACAAAGUUAUUGCUAGAAGGAAUUGGAAGCUCACACUCUACACACUUACGCUAUUUGUAUCAGUUUGUAGAAACUCAGGUCAAAUAUUACUCUCAAUGCAAGAAUAUUAUGGCAGAAUUGCAACAGGAACUUGCAAGUUUAUCUGUCAUGUCUGGCGCUGUGCAAUAUCGACCUCUGGAACUGGAUGGAACGGAAGAGGUAAAUGGUGAGAGGAAAUUGCAAAAGGCACGUGCUCUCUAUGACUAUGAUGCAAAGGAUGUCACAGAGCUCACACUUAUGGCCGAUGAAAUUAUAACAGUAGAGGAAAUGCCAAAUAAAAUGGAUGAAGAUUAUUACGUAGGUAGGCGCGGUCAGCAAAGCGGAAAAGUUCCAAAGGCGUUUGUAGAAUUAAUUUCAUAAUAAUAUUACAGUAUGCUCUCUAUGCAAUUUCUCUGUGGUGCUCCAUGUGAUAGCAUUCAAUUGUAUUGUUGUUCGUUAAUGAUUUCACCGUAAUAAAUUUACAAUAUGUGCUACCUAUAGUAAUGUAACUAUUAUGACUGAAUAUUGUCAUUCCUAUCUGAUUAUUUCCGUAUAAUUAGCUUUAAACGAUAGACUGUGAGGUACCACAUGUAGCUGAUCUGAUUUUUUAAAAAUCAAAUCCAUUUUUGUAUGUGCAAUAAAAUUUCUUUCUAUUUAUUUUGAUACCUACCAGUGUUCUGUUAUAUGUACUUUACGAGUAAUUUUUAGUUAUGUAGUGGUGAUUAGAUAUUUAAUUCUGUGUUUGUUGCUAAAGUCAUUGGGUAGAAUAGGCUUGUUCUAUAUUGUCAAAGUAACGUCAAUUUUAUGGAUGUACGCUGGUGAAAAUUUUCCAUGGUAGAUAACGCCUGCCUUUUUCAGGUAAUGAAAUAAAAAUUAAAUUUUAACUUAA